UGGUGUGGGUUAAAAUGAAAAAGAAAGUGACAAACACAUAAGCCGUGAGCCUGCUCCGCCUCAAGCCGGUCGCGGCGCACCAUACGCCCGCCGCGAGCCGUUCAGCACCGCGGACAACCAGACUAAUGGGAUGUCGAACCAAUAACAUGGACCCCUUCCGAUUCGGUAUUUACUGCUAAUGACGUCGCGGGGCUCCUCGGCUUGUCGCACCUCUUAGUGUUGUAAAAAUAUGUUUGACAGUUUAGGAAAAGUCUCAACUCUGUCUGAGACACACCUUCACAUGCGUGACAUCUUUUCUGUCUGUACAGAUGCAAAAGAAGGGGACAUUUCACUGCGCUUUUCAUAUGGAGACCACAUCAGACCAGGUCCAGGUCAAAAACCACUAUAUUUCAAGAAGCCAAUAAACAUGGCUGCCUGUGGUUUCUAACUUACCAUGUCUAUAGUCUACUCCUAUGUUCUACGCAUUUGUCUUCUCUAUGAGAGAUAUGUCAUGUACGGUUUUAUAUUUAGAUGUAUUUAUUCUUGUGUUUAUUGUACUUUUACAUCAACAUACACAUCAGUGAAAGGCUUUUAUUUUGAAUAAAAAAUGUCGCCGGAAGUCGUCAUGUGUUUUUGAUACUGACAGCUACGCUUACCAUACAUUAAAAAAAGCUACGCUUACGAUACAUGCACUAUAAACGUCCACUUUCUAUUAUUAUUAUUGUACACAUAAUAAUAACUGACAGUAAAAACAAAUACUGUUGUCUGUUUUUUUUGUCUGUCACGAACGUGUCUUUCUGGUUACCGGAAAUGGCGCUGUUUCCGUUUCCAGGCGCGCCAAAAAGAAAACACGACGCCUAGUGAAGCUUGUGUGUUUAUAUUUCUGCCAUAACCAGAUACGUGAGUGAAGUGACUGUUGACAUAAAACAACGUUUUUCCUCAAGUUGACGAUGAAAGGACGAUCAAGAGUCCCGCUCUGCUGAAGUUUCCUUGAGCAAGUCACUGAGGUGGGGCACUGCACUGUAGCUGACCUCGCUUUGGAUGAUCAAAUGGUGAACAAGCUGCCCUGUGGGUGCAAUAAAGUGUCUCGUGUAAGUGGCUGAUAAGCACUUGAAGAUGAGUAAGUGGGGAGACAGAGUGAAGAAGGUGGAGCAGCUUGCUCAGUCGUUCCAUCUGAAUCCUCUGGCCACUCCCUACAAGCCUCGACUGUGGCCAUGCCAGCCUUCCUCCAUCUGGAAGCUCUUCCCUCGUCAGAGUAUGGCUAUCAGCUUCACUCAGAGCUGCAAAGAGGCUGUGCAUGUUUUUGCACUUGAAAAAGAAAAGGCAUCCCUGGGUCAAAGGAUCUUCCUGGUUACCAGUUACAGUGAGCUGUGGCACUACUACAGGACUUACACACAGUCCUUGAUGCACUGCUACGAGGUGAUACCAGAGGGCGCUGUUUGCAAGCUUUACUUUGACUUGGAGUUUCACAAGCCCUCUAAUAAAGGAGCCGAUGGCAAAGCUAUGGUGUCUUCGCUUAUCCAGUAUGUCUGUGACAAGCUGAUGGAAGUUUAUGGGAUUAAAUGCUCCGCAAAAAAUGUCCUCAACCUCGACUCCAGCACAGAAGAGAAGUUCAGCCGACAUCUCAUCUUCAGUCUCCCAAAUGCAGCUUUCAAAGACAACAUACACGUGGGCAGGUUUAUUCAUACAAUUCUUCAGCCAGUCCUGAGCACCCUAAAACGUUGCCAGAAUGUUGGGAUGAAUUCAGCGGCAGAAAGCGUCGAAACACGAACACAUGCUGAUUCAGCAAAGGCAGGUGAGACACUUGAGAGUCCACAGGCCAAGAGGCGCAAGCAGGAAGAGAAAGACCUCAGUUUCCUCCAGGUGAAAAACAAGGAUGGCCAAGACUGUCUAUUUGUUGAUCUUGGUGUUUACACUAAGAACAGAAAUUUCCGGCUUUACAAGUCAUCAAAAGUGGGAAAGAACGCUGCGUUCACAGUGGCAGAUGACAACAAGUUUAUUGACAAACCUCAGAAGGGAAUGUCUGCGGAGGAAAGCGUGUUCUUGGCUUCUUUAGUCUGUAACGUGAGUUUCACAGGUCAGAAAAUUCUGACGUCCAAUGCCCCAGAGACGAAGGAAUCCAAAACCUCGAAGCCUCACUGUCAGCAGGGAUCAGCCACAAAUCCAGAUACACUUUCUGGCUGCCUGUCGUCCCCUCAUCAGGAAGUGGACAACUUUGUACUGACUCUGGUUAAAAAGGACGGCGUACAUGGAAGCAUCAGACGGUGGAACUACUUUGAAGCCGAACAACUUCUCGUCUACGACAUUGCAAAAUACCGCUGGUGUGAAAAUGUGGAGAGGUUUCAUAAAAGCAACAACAUCAUGAUUGUUGUGGACCUCAAAGAGGAAGCGUGGUACCAGAAGUGUCAUGAUCCUGAAUGCAAGAACUUUAGGUCCUCAAGUUACCCACUGCCACAGGAGAUCUGCGUCAGCUACAUCAUGGCACUGGAUGAGGAAGACCAGGCUUACUUAAUGGAUGAUGCUGGUAACAUUGAACUCAGCCAGACAUCAAACCAGGCCCCACAGAGCACACGGGAGGAAUCAGCUGAGGUGUGGGGAGACAAACAGGAUGACCAGGACCUUUUAGAGAGCCUAGAUGACUUUGAACAAAACAACGAAGAUAUCUCUGAUCAGCUUCUUCUCAAAUGUAUGGCGGAUUUUGACUCCAAGUAGAAGGAACUGUUACUCCAAAUGUGAUGGAACCGGUUCCGGAACCGGAACUUUGGACCCGGUUCCAAAAAAGAACCGGAUCCGGAUCCCAACUGGGCACAGAGAAACGGAUAGCUGUGUGGGUAUAUGAGAUCCUAAAGCAGAAGGUGAUCAUGGGGAGUAUCACCAGCUGAUCCAGGAGCUUCACCUCGAUUAUGGCCGUUUCCAGGCAUAUUUUAGGAUGUCUCAGGGGCAGUUUGACAGCCUGCAAACCGCUACCACCAGUUUCUCCUCCAUUGUUUACCAACUGUAAACUUCUUGUCAUGACCUCGACCGCCACAGACGGCCCACCUCUCAAAUCAUCCAAUUGGACAAUGGAGAAAAGAGAUGAUGAAAAAAGAGAUGGCAUGGAGCGCCUUUCUGCUCUGAGUUGAAGUAUUUUUUCAACUCCAGGUGAUCAGAGCACUCCAGCAAAAACACCAGGCUCCUAGAACACAGAAACGCAAGGCUCGUCGCAACGUAAAAAACGCGAGCAAUUACAAAUAGCCGCCUCCAGCUGCUAAAUCACUUUCUGUGUGAUCAGGGCCUAAUAGUGCCUUAAACCAUCCGUUUUUAGAGAGAGACCGAAAGAGAAGGUGUUGGAGGACUGUUGUACGCUGUGUUUCUUUAAGUUAUUAAUAACUUAACAUGACUUGGAACAUCACUAAUAUUUGGGCUGCUGUAAU